AUGGACAAAAGAGAAAGGCAGACUAACCCACAGUCGCCAGUCCAGACCAGUAAGAGAUCCAAGCAACACGGCAAACCGCGAAAAACCUUCUUUUUCCAGCCCCAAAACACCCUAGCAUUCAAUCCACAAACAUCCAAGAACUAUUCGUCAGAACUCCACGAUUCUUCUGGGUUUCGAGAUCCAAAUAGUGGAACUGAGUCAGGAACACUUUCUCGCCAUGAUCAAGAUUAUGCCGAAAUUAUCAAUUUAGACUCAGACUCAACCGAUGAUGCUGAUCCUACGCGAUCUAGUCAAGUCAGAUAUAAAGCAUCUAACAAGUCCAUGGAGCAACAGAGCUCAGAUGAUAGCUUCGAUGGCGUCAGAUGGAGACACACAGUUAGUCCUAACAAGAGCACUCGUCCUAUUUUCUCAUCUCCCUUGAAGAAUACAGAAACAGCCAUAAGUCCGGGCUCUGAGACAGCAAGACCGGUGGAUAACGAGGUAACAGACUCAGUCCUUGGCAAGUAUGGCGUGGGACUUUCCAAGCCUAUAGCAGAAGCGCCCAAGUGCGUCAGGACUCGCUCUGAAGGUCCUACCAUGUUGCUGACGUCUCCGCAGCUUGCUAGGUCCAAAUCUUUUGAUCCACGGUCUGUAGAGUCUUCCUAUGACAAGGAUUUUGUAAAUAAUGCACUGGCAAUGACAUCGAGACUUAACACGUGGAUAGACAAGUUCGAAGUGCAUGAUGAGGUCAAAAUUUACACUACAGUCUCUCCCAACGGGCUAAAAAGAGAGAAUACUAUCGUUGAUAGCAAUGAACUCAAAAACACAGAAACUGAACAGAACGAUGUUUCAGAUGAUGACGACGAUCCAUUCUCGGACGAUGACUCACUCCUUGCAAGCAUAAAGCCUGAGCUGUUUACUCAGAUUAACCACAUUCUCCCCACAGCAUCCACUACACCAUCAACCUUAGCAUCAGUAACAACUGCCAAUACUUCCAAGCAGCAGAAGCUGCUGCCAAUUAAAAGGGAUCUCCCAACAUCGGACCCAUUUUCUGACGAUCUUGAUUUCUCAGUGAUCGAGAAAGUAGCUGUGAAACCUCCCUUAGCUGAGGUGAAGGCUACAGACUCGUUUUCCAAGCCUACAUGUCAGUUGGCCACGCUUCGAAUAGAUUCAUUUCUGGAAGACGCCCACGAAGGUGCCAAAAUAUCCUUUGACCGUCCAGAUUUCGUUCGUUAUCAAAUUAAGGCAGUCACAAGAGGAGCAUACCCAUUUAAGGGAUUCACAAGGACACAACUUAUUCUUACUGUCAGAGAUGGAAAUGAUAGCGAAACAAGACUAAUUGUUCGUGGAGACUCUGCCGAACUCGACCUACAACCGAACGAUAUCAUUCACGUCAUCUUGACAUCCCCAGACUCUCCCCGGUUAAUUGACAACACCAAUAACCUCAUCAUAUGGAAUCCCGACAUUCUCGUAUCUUCCACCACUGUGGCUGACCAACUAUUCUGUCCGAGAAAAACAGUCAUCACAAAGCGUUUCUCUUUUCCUGGAGAAGCGUCAAUUCCACUCAUCGUAGGAACUACGGUACAUGAAAUAUUUCAGGCGUGUUUUAUCAUGGAGAAAUGCACCAAUGAAUAUUUGGAGAGUUUGUUGGAUAUUGAAUUGCGUAAGCGGAUCUUCGAAAUAUAUACUAUGGGUGACGUUCUCGAAGAUAUAAAGACCAAGAUCAGAACACAUUUCCCCUACAUACUCCAAUGGUUUCGCAGCUUCUACAGAACAUUGCCAAUUCCAAUUCCAACCAACAAACAGCACCAAAAAAUUAAGUUCUCUGUUGCUGAGGCCUUGGACAUUGAAGAGAGCGUCUGGUCCCCUAUGUUUGGAAUCAAAGGUAUUGCGGAUGUUACAUUGAAAGCAAAUUUGGAGGGAGAUCUCUCAAAUGGACAAUUCCUUUUGCCAAUGGAAAUCAAGACCAGUCGCCCAUAUUUGAGUCACCAAGCUCAAGCAGCUCUUUAUUCCUUACUAUUUAAAGACAGAUAUAACGUUGAUAUUUCGUCAUUCCUUUUGGUCUACACUCUGGAAGAUGGCUCCACCAAGAAACAUGAUAUUUCAGUUCCAGAUCUCAAAUCCCUCGUAAACUUGCGGAAUAGAAUAUCAACGUACCUUCGACCUGGUUUUCAUGAGCUACCGGAUCUCAUGAGGCAACAGAAGUGUGACAAUUGUGUGAUCCAACAGAGUUGUAUGACGUUGAAUUUUUUGACAGAGGAUGGUGCAGCGGAUAAUAGCGGAUUGAACGAGGGUGUUUAUGAGCAGUUAACUGAACAUUUGCUUGAAAAACCACAGUAUGCGGCUUUUUACGAAUCCUGGGAUAAAUUGCUUUCUAAGGAAGAGGAAUUUAUUUCAAGAUUUAAUAAGGACUUGUGGGUGCUCUCUGCUUUCGAAAGAGAGAAGGAACAAGGCAAAGCACUUGCAAAUUUGGUAAUUGCAAGAAGUUCAGAAUCAGAGAAUGAUACAAAUGGAUUUCUUUACACCUUCAAAAGAAACGCUCCUAAUCAAUUCGGCCCGAUGAAUGCAACUCAAAUAUCAAAAUACGAUAAAGUUAUUAUUAGUGAUGAAAAUGGCCAUUUUGCUUUGGCUCAGGGCUUUGUUCGUCACGUCGAGUCGGAUUUUAUCACAGUUGCCACCAGAAGAAGAAUAAUACCUACCGAGCUGAAAACUGAUAAGUUCCAUAGAGCUGGUGUUCUCAGGCACACUCAGAGUCUCCAGCCAUCUCAUGGCGAUGCUGUUGUUUUCAGAAUAGACAAAGAUGAAAUGUUCUACGGAAUGGGGGUUGCUCGAUUCAAUAUAUUGAAUUUGUUUGUUCUCAGUGGUGAUAUAGAGAGAAGAAGACUAGUUGUUGAUCUUGAAACUCCACGUUAUCUUGAAGAGCCGAUCAUGCUGUUGGAAAAUGAAAAACAACAAUUUAAUCCCGACCAGGUUUCUGCUUUUAGAAAGGCGCUACUGGCUCAGGACUAUUCUUUGAUCUUGGGUAUGCCUGGAACUGGAAAGACGACUGUUAUUGCUCAUCUCAUUAAAAUGCUAGUUGAAGCAAAGAAGACGGUUCUUCUCACUUCAUAUACAAAUUCUGCAGUUGACAACAUCUUGUUGAAAGUAAAGGAAUAUGACAUUGACAUUCUUCGAAUCGGAAACUCAUCUCGAAUUCAUAAGAAUAUUUUGAGGUAUGUUCCUGGAGAAGGUUCAAAAGUGGUGAAAGACUUUGCUUCAUUUUCAGAAAUAUACUUAAAGCCAUACGUCGUGGCCAGUACCUGCUUGAGCAUUCGAGAUUUGGCUUUCAAUGUUCGAGACCAUUUCGAUUACUGUAUCAUUGAUGAAGCUUCGCAAGUGUCCAUGCCGUUGAGUUUGGGUCCACUUGCACUUUGUGAUAAGUUCAUUUUAGUCGGCGAUCACUUCCAGCUUCCACCCUUGGUCACCCAUCCCAAUCCAGAAAUAAGGAAAGGUCUUUCAAGGUCUUUGUUUCAAAUACUUGCCGAAGAACACCCCCAGAGUGUGGUUGAGCUCACUUACCAAUACAGAAUGAAUCAGGACAUAAUGCUUAUUUCAAAUGCAUUGGUGUAUCAGAAUCGGUUGAAGUGUGGAUCUGAACAGGUUGCUGGACAAGAGUUGAUCAUACCACAAGCAAGUCAAUUAAGCAAACAUUUAAACUUCGGAAGUGAAAAGAAACGUCUUUGGCUACAUCACAUUUUCAACCGCGAGAAUAAUGUCAUAUUCUUGAACCAUGAUAAAUUGGAAGCAUACGAGAGGUCAGUUGGCGAAAAUAUCAGCAAUCUCAAGGAGGUUGAAUUAACGAGGCAAAUUGUUGAGGCGCUUUGCGUUUGCGGAGUAGAAGAGUCCAAGAUUGGGGUCAUGACCUUAUACCGUUCACAGUUGAAAUUGCUAGUGGAUUCUUUCAGACAUCGACCUCAAAUUGAAAUAUUAACUGCUGACAGAUUUCAAGGACGAGAUAAAGAGUGCAUCAUAAUCUCCCUCGUCAGAUCCAAUAAGGAACAAAAGACUGGCGAGUUGCUAAAAGAUUGGAGAAGAGUAAAUGUUGCAGUUACAAGAGCUAGGUCAAAGCUUGUUGUAUUAGGUUCGCUCGGUACGUUACAGAACGCAGAAUCUAUCAGGGAUUUCAUCGGAUUGGUUAAACGCAAGGGAUGGGUAUAUGACUUGGACGAUUCGGCAACCGAAAUCUACAAUUUUGAGAGACCUCCCAAAGAGACACAGGACUCCCUAUCGAAGACGGACUUUCCUAAAAUUGGAAGUAAGGUUAUCGGCAGACAUCCGAUUGUCCGCGAUAUCUUGUCGGAUAUGCUUAUCAAUUAA